CUAGAAGCGAUUGGAAGGAGAUUUUGAAGAGACGCUAUUUGGACUUCUCAGACUCGGCGAUUGAACCGGAUCGUGCGUUUUCACGAGCCGAAUCGUCGAUCCGAACGAUUCCAUGGAUUUCGCGAUUCUGCAGCUGUCUCGGAUCGGUAAGGUACCGUCGAUCCUCAAACUCGUAGACUCGUACGAGUCAACUCGCGAGUUUAACUACCAUGACCAGAAGGGACUGAUGGCGGAUUCCCGCAUGGGUCCAUCAGCGAACGGGCACAUGGACAAAGAAGUAGGUCGCUCCCUGCAGAAGGGCAACGGCAAGAAAGCAAGCAAGUUAUAUGAUAAGAGUGAAUCACACGUGUCCGUAUUCAGCCGGAUGCGUGUGCCACUAAAGAUCGGCUGCAUGGUUGGAGGAACACUAUUGCUUGUGACUGGGUAGGCAAG